AACUGCUGUAGUGAAAGAUGUCUUAAAUAGUUUAUUCACUGCUGUCUCACAAUAUGGGCGGAUUGUUUAAUUCAUUGAAUAUAUGUGAAAAUAUUUGUUGAUGGUACACAUUUUAGGAGUAAAAGAUUUGUAGAUACAACAGUUAGUCUUGUUGAAUUAGAUACUGAUAAUUGUAAGAAUUUUAAUAUAAAUACAUGAAUUAAUUAGCAAGGAUGUCUGGAUUAUCAGGAAUCGGAAUGUUUUGGGCAUUUUUGUCCUUUAUAUCCUCGGUGUUAAUAUGCGUAGGAUACUUUUUACCAUACUGGAUAUCUGGACAAAUGUAUUUUCAAUUCAGUGGAAAAUCGGAGCAAACUAUCCCCGUACAUUUUGGUAUUUUCCGACGCUGUAAUUAUCCAGCAAUAAAUAAAGACGGAGAGCUUACUUUGAUACUUGAAUGUGGAAAAUACACGACUUUCUCUGACAUUCCGAGCACAUCAUGGAAAAUAGCGACUCUUGUAAUUGGGUUUGCGUGUGGUAUAUGUCUUCUUGUGUCAUUAACGGCAAUGUGUGGCCUUUGUAUUAAUGGUGUUAUAGUUCCGACGGUAGCGCGGUCAGCGGGAAUUCUUCAAAUAUGUUCAGGUCUACUAAUGGCUACGGGUGUUGGUAUAUAUCCUAACGGAUGGGACAAUCCUGAGAUUCAACAAGCUUGUGGCAACACGUCAAAAUCUUAUAGUCUUGGCAACUGUUCCUUAUCAUGGUGUUUCUAUAUGACGUCUGCUGCAAUAGGAAUAACUCUAGUGUGUUCAGCUCUUGCUUUUCAUGCGCCGAAACGGAAACAGAUCAUCACCGGAUAUGCAUUAUAGACAUGCGAUAAACAUGUGACAUAAACUAAUGAAUAGCAUAUUGUGAUAAUAGUGAUCUCAAAGGAAGAUAUUAAUAAGUUUCUGGAAAAUGGUGAUGACUAUUCGAAUACUUUUUAAUAAAAUAAGUAACGUAUCUUAACAUAUACUAGUACUGUAUAGAACAUUAUUUGCAUUUUCAACAAUACAUGCUCAAAAAUGGACCAGAGAGAACUUAUAAGUAAUUUUUGACCA